AUGGUUAAUGGCAACCCCGCCGGAACUCUCCCAGCGAAUUGGGAAAAUAAAUUAGUCAAAAAAGCCGAUUUGGAUACGGAGAAAGCCAAAAUCACCACUCUGAAAAACGAUUUAGGAGUAAUUAAAAACGAUAAUUCCAUUGAUACGGUACGGGUGAACCAAAUAAAAGAUAAUGAAGCCGAAUUAACUCGCAUUAAUAAUGAUAUAAUUGCGAAAAUUAAGACCAAGACUAAUCUAAAAACUUUAAUUAAGUUAAAUGCGAAUAAUAAAAAUGAAAUAGAUGACGUUCGUUUAAAUGAAAUUGAGACCAUAUUGUCUACUCCAGCCAAUACGAGUGCUGCAGAUGUGGCAAAGUAUAAGGCUAAAUUACAAGGUUUAGGAAUUGCGGCCGGUUAUAGUGAUUUUAAUGUCAUGCUGGCAGAUUUAAAUAGUUUAAAAACUGAAAAGAGCGAUUUCCAAAACAAAUUAAGCCAACAACAAGAACAUUGUCGAAAAGAAAAAGAGGCCUUUCAAGCCCAAAUCGAACAAAAAGAGCAGGAUUUAUUGAAAUUCAUGGUGGAACAGUUAAGAUUAAAUUUAACUGGUGAUAAAUAUGAACGACAACAAGUAUUAGCCGAGAUUCAGAAAUUAAUUGUCAAUCCUGAUACUAACCAAGAAACCACUCUGGCUAAUCUCCGUCAGAAAAUAACCGAGCAGGAGAAAGAAAUUAAAAAAUUGAGAGAACAAAAUAAGGAAAAUAUUCCAACUCCGGAAUUGAAGCAGCAAGCAGAAAAAGUACUGAAAGAAUUAGGUCUAAAAAAUUCUUAUCAGACCCAAAUUGACAAAAUUACUUCUCUCUCGGAAUUAACCGAUUUUUAUCAACAAGCAGCCAAAAAUGAAAUUGGUAAAGUCAAAGGAGAAAAAGAUCAGAUGAGAAAUUGA